AUCAAUCAUCAAAGUAAAAUCGGCUGUUUGAGUUAGUUUUGCUUACUGUAUUGUGUUUUUGUAUGAACAUUUUAUAUUUGUAUGAAUUUUCAUUUGGUGUAGCAUUUAUGUUUUGUUAUUUACAAGUCUCAAGAAAAAAAUUAAGCUAUGGGCUUUAUUGUUUGCUAAUAAAGUAUUACAAAAGUGCACGAUGAAGCCUGUAAUUGAUUUUGAUGAAUGUUUACGAGACUCUCCCAAAUUUAGGGAACAGCUGGAAACAGAAGAAUCUAGUAUUGACGCAUUGGAACAAAAGCUUGAUAAAAUCCUUAAGACAUGUUCUCUUAUGAUAGAAACGGGGAAAACGUACAUGAACCAGAGAAGCAUAUUUACAAAUGCACUAUGGGAUCUGAGUGGUAACUUCUCUGAGGACCCAUCGAUUAUGUCUAUGCUUAAUAGAAUGAUACAUGCUCUGCAAGAGAUGACUAAAUUCCACUCUAUAUUGCUUGAUCAAGCAUCAAGGACUAUACUUAAGAAUCUCAGUGCAUUUAUCAAAGUUGAUAUUAAAGGAGUAAAGGAGAGCAAACAUCACUUUGAAAAAAUCUCAAAUGAUCUCGAUAUUGCUCUAAUAAGAAAUUCACAGGUGUCACGUCACAAGGCAACUGAUGUAGAGGAAGUUGUGAAUCUCUUACUGGCUACAAGAUCUUGUUUCCGUCACACUGCACUUGAUCAUGUUCAGAAGAUUACGAUGCUACAGGCCAGAAAACGACAUGAAAUAUUGGCAACUUUCCUGUCGUAUCUUCAGGCCUGUUGCACCUACAACCAUCAAGGAGCUGAUCUCUCAGAAGACUUGGAACCUUUCUUGAAAUCUACGGCUGACGAGAUCGCAGUUAUGCGUAACGACACAAAAUCACUCGACAAAGAGAUGGAGAAUCGGCAUACAAUUGUUAAUAGCAAAGAUACGGUGCUGCCAAGUUGUAAGCCUGCCGAGGGAGAGGGGGAAAAGGAUGGAAUGCUUAAUCCACCGUGUCUUAAAAAUAUGCCCCGGAUGCAAGGGUAUCUAUUCAAGAGGACCUCGAACGCCUUCAAGACGUGGAAUCGAAGAUGGUUCUAUUUGUAUGACAAUCGACUGGUUUAUAGAAAGAGGACAGGCGAACUAAACGUGACAGUGAUGGAAGAGGAUUUAAGAUUGUGUACCGUUAAACUGGUGGUCGAUGGCGAAAGGCGCUAUUGUUUCGAAGUACUUUCACCUUCAAAAAGUCACAUGCUGCAAGCAGACUCGGAGGAAAUGUUAAAUCUCUGGAUACAAGCAUUGCAAAAUGGGAUACGCUCUGCCAUACAACAGGGGCAAAGCAGAGAUAACCCGGAUUCUCAACUAGUGUUGGUGCCAGAUACAAGACCGAAUGGAGAUAGAAAUAACGUCGCUUUUCCACUGAUGAAAAAAGUUAGGAUAUGGGAGCAGUUGUUAAGUAUUCCGGGGAACAACUAUUGCUGUGAUUGUGGCAGUGCUAACCCACGUUGGGCGAGUAUCAAUCUUGGCAUCACUUUAUGUAUUGAAUGUUCGGGAAUUCAUCGUUCGCUCGGCGUACACCUGAGCAAAGUGCGCUCGCUAACCUUAGAUGACUGGGAACCCGAUAUUAUAAAGGUCAUGGCCGAGUUGGGUAAUAAAGUGGUGAAUCUCAUAUACGAAGCCAACACAGAAGGCUCUACAAUACCUAGAGCAACUCCGGAAUGUGAAACAUCGGUGCGCGAGGCAUGGAUUCGUGCCAAGUACGUGUCGUUAUCGUUCGUACGUAACAUCGUGAGUGCGAGCGAGCCUCGACACGAACCCGCGAGAAAUGGCCGACGGUGGUCGGUACGAAGAGCGAGGAGACGAGUCCGUGCGUCAACCACAGUGCCAGAGACUAUAAAGGAUGAAAAAAGUGACGUCAACAGCAAUACAAGUGUAUCGGAGAGUUCAAGCAAGUCGGACGAUAGUCCAGUACUCCUAAUAGGCAAGGAGUUGUCAAGUGAAAGGGCUGUCGACCUCAGUUUGCCUUCAGACCAUGACUCUACAGAAGGGGAAGACGAUGAUCUUGACGCAGAAGACAUAUCCUGCCUGUCAUGCGACGCAGUGUUAUGCCGCGCUGCGCGUGCGCACAACGUGUGCGUGAUGAGGGCCGCGUUGGCCGCAGGCGCAGACCCGACCUGCAGGAACGACAGGCAACGUACGCCGCUGCAUUGCGCCGUGUUGAGCGGAUCGGUAAUGGCUUGUUCCUUCCUAUUGCUCAAUGGCAGCAAAAUCAAUGACCAAGAUGAGGACGGCAUGACUCCAUUACAUCUCGCUACCGAAGCUGGUCAUACUGGACAGGUAUGUCUGCUUCUCCGCUACCGCGCAGACCAAGCAAUAGUGGAUAACCAGGGACGGACUCCACUCGAUAUAGCAGUCGAACAGGCCAAUGCGGAUAUAGUUACGUUACUCCGUCUCACAAAACUCAACGAGGAAAUGCGGGAAAGCGAGAUGUCCUCAAACGACGACACAUACAACGAGGUGUUCCGCGACUAUACCCAGUUGGCCCAUUCCCACCCUGAGAGGCUUGUACGGCCCAGGCAUAACAAUAAUGACGGUGAACAAUCAAGUGAAUGACGUCUAGAGAAACAGCUUCGUCGCUUCCAACGAUGGUGGUGCGAGGAAUGAGUAUGGCAUAUUACAUAUUUAGCGGAUUAAAACGCGUUUUUCCUUUACUCCAAAACUGUAUAAUAUAUACAAAUAUGAACUCAUUUUUUCAUUUUUACUUUAUUGUAUUAGACAUGUUUUAUUAGAACUAUUGAUUCUGUAUAGAAUGUUAAAAUAAAUAAUUCAAUAAUUCUUCUUAUGUAAUUCUAUAUAUGCUUCUUACCGGCUCGACCGAUAUUCAUGAAAUUCAUGUUUGAGUUAGUAUAUAUUGGUAAUUGUUUUGUGUAUAACGUACGGAUUUAUAAUCGUUGAAUAUAGGAAUUGUGCUAAUUAGAUAUAAGGAGUUAAAUCGCCGUGGCUUAGUGGUUAAGAGACAUCGCCGGAGAUGAAUCCCGAUGAAAUAAUAAUUCUCACAAGGCUGAUCUUACUUGCCUUAAAAACACUCAAAUCGGCUUAAUUAUAAAAGAUCUUUAAAUCAAAUGCUUUAAAUGUCAAAAAUAUUGCUUAUUACAUUCCUAAUUCAUUUGUUAAUAAUUAAAACUUUAUCUGUUGCGAUAUGAAAUAAAUGCUUUCAUAUUACUAGUAAAAUGUACCGUUUCAAUGUACUCUUCUGUCUCUUUUCAUCAUAGCGUAAACACAAUUUGAUUGAACGAGGCGGCAGAAAGCAAGUUAUUAUAUCAAACUUUAGAAUUUUGUUUAAGUUCUUAGACUCAGAAACGAGACUUUAUUCAUUGUUGCUGGUUAACCUAAUAUAGUUUUACGCCCAAACCCAAUAACCUAUCUCAAUCCAUUUUUGACCAUCGGAGAUAGACAUCUUAAUCCAAAUAUAUUUUAAGUGUGCUAAUAACCAAUUGACGGAUUGUAAUAGCCAUUUGUCAAUACAAGCUAUCCAUGGUAGAUCGGAUAGACCUUUGUAUGAAAAUGACAAUUCAACUGUGCGAAUAUCCUAUCCUAAGAUUUUAACUUACACCUGUUUUUAAAUAAUUAAAAAUCUUAUUGAUAUGUUUAAAACAUAUACAUUUAAUAUUAUUUGUACGGUUUUAUUUACUGUAUUUGGAUUAUAUUAAUUAUCAAAUAUGAGUCUAAAGGCUGAAGAGAAAAAUAGAUUGUCUUUGUAGGUUUUGGUUAUUGGGCAUGCAGAUAGGACUGUCACGGUCUGAUCUCAGAUUGUUUUUAAUCUGAGAUUGUGGAUUAAUUAUUGGGUUCGGGCCUUAAAGACCUGUCAAACACUUUACGUUUGGUGAUGAUGCGAAAGCGGGGCGUAUUGAAAACCAUUGCUUGCUGCUUGUGAAACUUUACAAUGGUUAGUUUUUGGCAUAAUUGCAGUGAAAUGUUUUAAAGAUCUAAACUACAAGCGAUUAAAAUAACUGAAUUGUGCUUGCAAAUAGAACUUGACUAAAAAAACAAAGCAUCUAAAACUGCAAGAAAAACAUCAAUUUGAUAAGGUGUAAAAAAAUCAGUUUCAAACGCAGGGAAAUGUAUUUUUUUCAACCAAAAAAAAAAUUGGUAAUUAUUUCUGUUGAAAUAUUAUUUAAGUUCCGCGAUUGUCCGUUUGGUGGCGCCAGAUUAGCAUCUUAGCCUUCGAGUCACCGAUUUCCAUCACUUGGUGAAAACUAAGCCCUAUAUUGAUUUCGAUCGAUUCAAAAUACGAUGAGUAUUUGAAUAAGACCGGCAACGCACUCGCGAGCCCUCUGGCAUUGAGAGUGUCCAUGGGCGGCGGUAUAACUUAAAAUCAGCUGAGCCUCCUGCCCUUUUGCCCCCUGUUCUAUAAUAAAACAGAGUAUUUCGACAAAACAUUAUCCAGUUUCUGAAUCUCAGCCAACGACUCGAGAAUGUCCUUGCUAUAAAGGGCUUAAUUCGAUAAUUUGUAUUUAAUUCGUCUCACCAAAGAAAUAAUCAGUGAUUAAUUAAGUUUUGUAAAAGCUUCUAUGUCCUGUGAUAAAAGUUAUCCUGAUUUUAAAGAAAAUGCAAAAAAGUAAAUUUAUAUGGUGCCAAUAAAGUAAGUCUAUGAAAGGUGAUGAAAUAAGACGAUAACACCGAUUUUGUUAGUUUUUAUUCUAUAUAUUAUUUAUAUCUAUGUUUUAGAUUUAGUAACAUAGUAUAUCUUUAUAAAUAUAUUCGCUUUAGCAAACAUUUAAAAACGAUUGAAUGUGUAUAUGUCGCAGUGAUUGACUUAAUGAAUAUCGAUCUUUAAUUAACUGUCUAGAGAUUCAAUUAACUCUCUGAUUUAACUACUUUACUGCGACAUAGAUAUAUGGUAAUGAUAAAAUGUUUCCAAUCAAAUAUUUUGUCAUGCAUUUGUCAAGUAUUCCUAAUGAUUUACUACAAUUUAUUGCAUUCUUUCUAUGUGUGCAUAUAUUAGCUCGAACGGUGAAAGAAAACGUCGUGAGGAAUCGUGCCUUAUACCCAAAAAGUUGACAAUUGUUAGGCACAGGAGGCUGAUCACCUAUACUGUGAUUUAUAAUUUAGUAGAAGCCUGAGAUUUCAUAAGCGUAAAAAGUUUCCCGCCGAAAAAGGAACAAAUUUGACCCAUUUGAGGGCAAUAAAAUAAAAUUCUAUGUAUUUUAUAUGUUUUACCUACAAAAAGGUUAAUAUUUAAAAUACUUACUCGAGUGGCCUAAAACAACUAAUAAAUAUUUCAAUAUCACGAACAAUAUAUUGAAUUAAGUUUAAUAACAUUAUUUUAUUUUUCAGCUGGCAUCACUGCCUAUUAAAUCAGAUGUUCAGACUCGUAUUGAAAUUAAAAAAUGUGACUGUCCAAAAAGGUAUGUCAUCUCUGACAUGUCAGAAAAUGAUAACUGUCAGAAUUGUACAGAAUUAAAAAUCAGAGUAUACUUGCAUAUUAGAUUGACAAAUGAUAAAACAGAUACAGAAAUCUAAGACCCUAAAAAUGUUAUUGCGAAUCAAAUUUAUGUUUUGAUUUAUUUUUACAAUUCAAAUAUACAAUAUAUACACGAAUAAGGUUUAUGCAUAUUAAGACUGUGACAUAACUGUUGCAUAAUAAAUUAAUUUUAUUACAAACCAACAUCGAAAUAAGAUCGUUAGUUUUUAAAUUUGUUCCAAAUACGCCCACGGAGCGUUGCUCGCGUUUUCUAUACGUUACGUUAAAUAUUUGAUUAUAAGUGCUAAGUAUUUAAUAUUUAAUAUCUAAACAAAUUCGGAAUGAUUAAUUUGUUGAAAAUUUUUCACGAGAUUUUACACUAUGCCGAAAUAAAACAUUCCCAAUUAAAUAUCAUUCCCUUUGCAUUUGCAACGAAUUUAACGAAUCUCUUGCUUUUAAUCUGACUUGUCAGUUUAUAGAUUAUAAAGAAUAUCUUUUCCUAUUUGACAAAUAAGGAAAUGUUAAACGGAAUUCGAGAUUUCCUUUUUUGUCAAUGGUCUGAUAUUUUUUCGUUCUAUUUAUACUCAGUCCAAUGUUGGAUGACUGUUUGACUCUAGCAUGUUUUCUAACUUAUUAGGAUUUUACAAUUGUUAUUUUUUAAUUUUCUCAUCAAUAGAUUGGACAAAGUAAAAUGCGUAUGUCUGCGUCAAUUGUAUGAAAGUUUGUGUGACUUAUCGCCACUUUAAUACUUAUGUUAUUAGUUUGCGCUAUGAUUAUUAAAGUGUUCCUUAAUAAUCUUCAACCUGGAAUCGGUUGAAAGGGCUGGUAAAAAAAAACUGUCGCGUAUUUUGAAAAUCAUUGCCAUUCACAAAAGUUGUUGAAUAUGUUCAAAAGUAUUAAUACAACCGACCGUUUUAAUGUCAAUGUUAGCAAGUGACAAAUAAAGAUGGCGCCUAUAGUCCGAAUUCCAAAGUAUAACACAAAUUUUGUUUGUCUAAAAAAAAGAUUUAUUUAUCAAUUUUCUGGCGUUAAACUCUAUUACUCGAAUUCACAUUGAUUAGGACACUAAGGGUCUGUUUCACAAUGUCCGGAUAAGUUCCAAAUAAACUAUUUAUUAUUUGUAGGAUAAACAGUAUUUUUGCGUUUUAUGACUGUCAGUAGUGUUGUAGUUUCAGUGUCGAAGUAUCUUGGAAUUUUUAUCUUUCGAAUAAAUGGUGUUGCAUAGCUAUUUGGUACUUUAUCCAUACAUUGUGAAACAGGCCCUUAAUGAAACGAAAGUAUUGAAAGUUUGUUGUCAAAUUUUUCUUUAUUUGUCAUUUGCUAUUAGUCUUAGCGGCCGUUCAAGUAUUACGUCAGCAGGUUUACUGCAAUUUUCCCCUCUUGUCGGCAAAAGUUAGCAAAACCUCCAAAAUGUAUUCCGUUUUCAAGCAUCAGACAAUGUAUGUGUAAAAGAGUAAUUACUGUUGACGUAAUCACCAAAUAAGAAAAUCAACGACCCCUCCCCCUCACCCCUAUAGUGCUUACGUAAUACUUGAACGGCCUCCAUAGUGUGCAUAAUAAAUUUCCUAUAUAUACUUUCGUAUUUAUACUGACGAAAAUGUUAUUGUAUACAGCUGUUUUUAUUCAAAACUAAAUUUGGGUAUUAAGUAGAUAUGUUUUGGCAAAAAUAGGAAAGUGGAAAGUCCAUGAAAUGUCGCUUAGAAUUAGAUCAUGACUUGGAACUUUGAAUGUAUGGAUUAUGGUAAAAGCAUCUGAUUACCAGGAUACAAAGCAAAACAGAAUUCCCCAUUGUGCUGAUGCAUACACUGCUUUAUAUUAAUUUUGUUGAUAAUUAAACAUUUUACUAUUUUUAUAAUUUAUACUUACCAUAUUUUGUAAGCAAUUUCAAAGAAAUUUUACUUAACAACUGGCAUCAGUUAGUUUUGUGUUUGUACUGUUGCGUGCCAUUUAAUCAUAGCAUCUACCAGUGGCGUAGCAAAGGGGGGCGGCGGGAGCGGGGCGCACUGGGUGUCACCUUUUUUGGCACCCACCCGCUCUCAACAACAAAUCGCUAGCAUAAAAAUUUAUUUUUCAGGGAUUCCUCCACUACCACUGACUCAGCUCUAUGUAGAAUUCGGGGAUUCCCGCAAAAGAGCCUGACGCUGUCGUGGGGGAUUCCCCGUCCCAUACUCGCGGUCUUUUAAUAAAUGAUCCAUGUCCUGUAUCAUAUAUUUUUUUUUCACUUUCGAUGGGGUGACACCACCAACUUCCUGAGUGGGUGCUAUCCAGGUAGCUACGCCACUGGCACCUACUAUGAUUGUUUUAAAGUAUAUAAAACGAUUAACUUUCUGUCAAUAAUUGUUGCAACCCUAAAUUAUGUUAUAUGAACCUGUUGUGAAUUUGUUUCAUCUUGUACUAUGUACUUGUUAAAUAGAAAUAUUAUAUAAAUAUAUAAACUUUUAAACAUCGAAUCUAGAAAAUCCAGGUUUAUUUAACAAAUCUUCCGUGAUAGGAUACAGGAUUAUCUACCAUUAGUUAUAAAUAAUACUCUAUUGAUGUUUGAUGUUAUAAUAAUUGUGUAGUUGUACUGCUAUUAAAUUUUGUAUAAAA